AUGAAUCCAGUAACUGAUAGUGAAACUCCUCCACCGCGUUUGGUAGAUAUCACACCUCUAAGACCUCGGUCCAUGGGAACACCCUCGUCUAUCAAUCCUACACUGUUAUCGCGCCGCCGAACGAGUAGAUCUCAGAAUAAUGGCACAAUCGAUACUGUACCAGAAUUGAGAAGAUUUAACAGUUCAGGUACCAAGUCGAGUGGAAGAACUAGACCUCGUCAAACGACUAGUCAAAGCUAUGGAUCUUUGGAUACAACACCACCUGGACGUGAAAGAGAAACCAUGAAAGAUUUAUCCGAAUUUCUCAUGUCUUAUGAUCCCCCGGCGCAUAAUCUAGUUGCGCUCCCACAAACCACCCCAAGAAAAAAGUUUGGUCUUCUCCGCAGGAAGCAAAAGAAGGAAUCGAAGUCCACUCAUUUUUUGAAACUCCCCGAUACAGCUAUUGCUGCAAAAACUCGUCAGGGCGUGCAGUAUAUAGCAAUUUCCAUACCGCUAGAGCAUGACUACCUGGGGAGACUUCCGACACCUCCUGGGACGACUUCAGAAUUGACACGGGUUCCAAUACCGGAUAGAAGCCCUGUUGUUAUUCCCAAGCCAGGCUACAAAAUUGGGGAUUCUGCUAGACCUCCACCGGAACUUCCUGUACUUAGUAGGACUACUUCAACCUCUAAUAGGAAUACUUGGGGCCCAGGUACUUUAACAAAAGUAGUUACAAAACCAGGGUCGGAAGAGGUGAUGCUGCAAAAUAGAUACAUUCAUCGAACUAGUCAAGUGUAUACCCCUACUGGAAGCAUUUACUACGAUGCUCCAGAAACCCGACCUCGACCGCAGUCAUCAAAAGUAUUUUCCUCGCCCAGUCUUUCAUUCAAAAUAGCUCCAACAGAUAAUCCUCGAGCAAAUUCUCUCAAUUCCGUCAACCGUCCAAUAUUCUGGAGCAAUAGAUCCGACGGCCCCUUACGAGUGAUAAAUAGAACACCAUCUCCCGAUAUCAAACCGACUUAUCAGAGUCACAAAGUGAUCAAAUCAAUAUCCACUAUUCAUAGCAUCGCAACUUCAGGAACAAAUAUCAGACACUCGCUAAAGUCUACACCAGAUAGUUUUAAUACGAACUCCUCGGCGCAAGCAGUGUUUGGAACUGCUGAGACGGUUGAUCUGCAGAGUUUUAGAGGGACUCCAGGGCCUUCAAUUGCUUCACCGGGAAGUGAGAAUAUACUCCAGUUUCCUGCAACUACUGAGGUGGAGGCAGAAAGUCCAUGUAGGAAUCAAGCGACCUCUUCCGUCGAAAUUUCAACACCAAUAAGUCCACAAUUUGGCAGCAAUGAGAAUCAAACAGAACAAGCAACACAGCAAAGCCGUCGCGAGAAAGUACGAGCAAAGAGGAAAAAAGACUUGGCCUCUAUUCGAUCAAGAAACUCGAGUGUGCAUCACACAAAUACAAAUACAAAUACAAAUACAAAUACAAAUACGGAUACAAACCAAGCAUCCAUUCAAUUGGUUCCAGAAACUUCUCCUACUGAAGUCGAACCUUUAUCUCCACUAUCAUCAAAUCCACCCUUUGGACCACCAAGUCGCUCUCUAAAACGUCUCGCUCAAAACCCGAAUGAAUUGUCUACAACUCGUACCAUGCUCGUAGCCGACUCCCCGCCUUAUGUUGAAGAAUUAAGACAGUGUGAUUUUGGAGCACGUCCCAUAUCGCCUGCUCUAACGAAGUCGCCUUCGAGACUCCCGAGACCUACAUUUGACUCAAUAACCUCUUUUUAUCGAGUCGACAGUGAGGAUUCAGCUUAUACGCAUCAGUCUACCCAGACUAUUUUAAGUCAUACUACACCGUUGGCGCCGACGACAUGGUUAGGGAAGGAAAGGGAUGGGAGAAAUAGUAGUGAUGGGUUUGGUUAUACACGGAUGGAUUUCUCUUCUGAUGAGGAUUUGGAGUAUUUGAAUGGAGAUAGACAUGGAGAGCUGGAUAGAAAUAUGGAGAGACGAAGCACGGGGGAGAUAGGAACAAGUCUCCGAUCGACAAGCUUGAAAGAAAAAGAAUUGGAUGUGCGAAUGAGGAUUGUGGAGAGACAUACGGAUGUGCUUUUACAGACGUUGGAAGGGAUUGCGAAGAGUUUUGAUGGGUUGGGAGCGGUGGGGAGAUUGAGGUGGGAGGAGGUUCAUGGGAGGAGUGGGGUGGGUGCGAGGAGUAUGGGAAUGGGAAUGGGGUCCAGGUCGAGUGUUAUUAGGAUGAAGGAGAGUGAUGGGGAGAGAGUGAAUAGUAUGGCGAGUGAGGGGAAGGGAAAUAGGAGGAGAGCUAAUACGACGGGGAUGGGGGUGGAGAAUAGGAACGGAGAUGCGGAUAUAGAUUUGGUGAUGAGGGAGAUUCGGAUGGCGGCUCCAAGGGUUAGUGAGGAGGGUUCGAGGGAGAGGAGAGGAUGA